AUGACCGAAGCAAUAUUAGCAAGUCGUUUACGUGAUGUUGAAGAAGAGGUUAAAACGGAACGUGAUGUUCGUCUUCGUCAAGAAAAAGAAUUGACAAAUUUAAGAAUUGAUUUUGAUGAAAUAGAAUCACAAUUAGAUGAAGCGAAUACAUUACGUGAUCGUGAAUUAGAGGCAAAUAAACGUUUAAAACAAGAAAUACAUGAUCUUCGUCAAAAAUUAGACUUACAAUCAACUGAAAAUGAUGAAAAUCAAAAUGGUAUUCGACGACGAUUUCAAGAUACGGUCUCUGAUCUCACUAGUCAAGUUGAAGCACUUAGUAAAGGAAAAGCAAGACAUGAAAAAGAAAGUAGACAAUAUAUUAUAGAGGUAGAAGAACUCAAAAAUGAAGUUGAAUCAUUGGCUAAAGGAAAAAAUCAAGCUGUAGCAAUGAGCAAAGAAUUAGAAUCAAAAACAAUUGAAAUGAGUCAAAAAAUUGAUGAUGCUAUUCGACAAUUAACUGAUGCUAAUUCAGCUAAAAAUCGUUUAGUUGAAGAAAAUUUAACAUUGAGUAGACGUCUGGAAACAAUUGAAUUUGAACUAAAUCAAACAACAACUUCAUAUAAACGAGCACAAGGAGAUUUAGAUGAAGUUCGACUUCAUCUUGAAUCAGAAAUGGCCACCAACAGAACAUUACAAUCAACGGUAAAAACAUUUCAAAUGGAUUUAGAAUCAACAAAAUUACAAUUGGAUGAUGAAAUUGAUGCUAAAGUUGAAUUACAAAAACUUUUAAUUAAAAUUCAAGAAGAAUCGCGAAUAAUGCGUGAUCGAUUAGAAAAAGAUAUCGAAUCAAAAAAUGAAGAAAUAGAAGAACAAAGACGAAAAUUCAACAGUCGUAUCAAUGAAAUACAAGAACAAUUAACUGAAGUAUUGGCGAAAGCAAGCAAUUUAGAAAAACUAAAACAACGAUUACAAGCUGAUAAUGACAAAUUAGCAGGAGAAGUUGAUAAGUAUCGUAAAAGAGCUGAUGAAGCUGUACGAAAAAAUAAACAAUUAGAAAAGGAGGUAGAAGAAUAUCGAACAAGAUUAAGUCAUAUAAGCGCUGAAUUAGAAUCAGCAUUACAAGCAAAUCGUAAUUAUCAAAGUGAAUUGGUCAAAGUUAAAUCAUUGAAUGAUCAAUUAACAGAACAAAUUGAUAUUAUUACACGUGAUAAACGUCGAUUACAAGACGAAAUGGAUGUGGUUCUAAAUCAAAUAAGUGAUUUAAAUACAAGAAUCGUAGAUAUGGAUCGUAAUCGUAAACAAUUGGAAGCGGAUAAAUUGAGUUUAUUAACAACUAUUGACGAAUAUCGUGAACAAUUACAUUUGGAAAUAACAAAAUCGACUACAUUAUCAGCUCAAUUGGAAAAAAUACGUGGUGAAUAUGAGAAAAAAUUAGCCGAUAAAGAUGAAGAAUUGGAGACAAUGCGAACGGCCCAUCGUCGACAAUUAGAACAAUUGCAAUCUCAAAUGGAAGAACUUGAAUUACGUUAUAAAACAGAAAUAAAUCGUAUUAAAUCAAAAUAUCAAGCAGAAAUUGAUGAAAUACGUAUGCGUUAUGAAUCACUGAAAAAAAUUAGAGCCGAUUUAGAAAAUCAUCUCAAAAAAUUACAAGCAGCCAUUAAGGAUGCCCAAGAUCGUCUCAUUGAAGAGCAAACAUUACACGAGGCAACACGAGAAUUGUUGAAUGGUUCAGAAAAACGAAAUGCUAUAUUUCGAACUGAAAUAGAAGAAAUUCGAAUUCUCCUUGAUCGAAGUGAAAAAGCUCGUAAAACAACUGAAUUAGAAUUGCAUGAUUCAGAACAACGUUUAACUGAAGCACAAUCAUUGGCUAAUCGUGCCAUUGCUGAGAGAAAGAAAUAUGAGGCUGAUGCUAUGCAAUUACAAGGAGAAAUUAAUGAUGUAAGACAAGAAAUAAAAAUUAUAGAUGAAAGAGCAAGAAAAUUAACAGGAGAAUUAAUAAGACGUGAUGAAGACAUUCGUCAUGAACAAGAGAAAACAGCUGAAAGUGAAGCAUCUAAACGUGCAUUAGAUCAACAAUUACGAGAUGCAAGUGCAAAAAUUGAUGAAGCAGAAGCAUACGCUCGAGCAGAAGCAAAGAGAAUAGCAGCAAAAUAUGAAGGACGACUAGGACAAUUAGAAACCGAAUUAGAAUUAGAACGUGCUCGUUAUCAAGAAUUACUUAAAGAUUUACGUCGCAAUGAAAAACGUGUUAAAGAAUUAUUAAAUCAAGUUGAUGAAGAACAGACAAAAGUUCUUUCAUUAACAGAUUCAGUAAGCAAAGUCAAUGAGAAAAUGAGAAUAUAUAAAUCUCAAAUUGAAUCAGCUGAAUCAUCGGCUGCUCAAGUUCUAACAAGAGCAAGACGUCUUGAACGAGAAUUAGAAGAUGCUGAAGAACGAGCUGAAAUGGUGACAACAACACUGAUUCGUUCAAGAAGUGUACACAGAUCAGAGUACAAUUAA